GUUCGCGACUCGUCGUCCACGUGAUACUAGCGCAGUUGUUGCGACGAGUGUGGUGCGGAAUAGAGUGCGGGACCUAAACCACGAGUGAUUGAUCCCCCUGUGGUGUCAAAAAAUUGUCGGUUUUUAGGCGCGACUCAUUCACGUCGUCCGCGUUUCGCGGCCGCACAACUUUCGAACGAUUGUAUGCCAAGUCGUGACGUCUGCGAGCGCGCGUUCUACCAACUAUGAUCAAAUUAUUCUCGUUGAAACAGGCGAAAAAAGAUGGCGAGUCACCGAAAGCUGGUACCCAGAAGAAGGCAUCCGCGGCGCAGCUGAGAAUCACAAAAGACAUAAACGAACUCAAUCUUCCAAAAACGUGCGGCACCGAGUUCCCGGAUCCCGAUGAUUUGCUGAAUUUCAAGCUGAUCAUCUGUCCAGAUGAGGGAUUUUACAGAGGUGGUAGAUUCGUGUUUAGUUUCAAAGUUGGACCCAAUUAUCCACAUGAGCCACCUAAGGUCAAAUGCGAGACGCAAGUUUAUCAUCCAAAUAUUGAUCUGGAUGGCAACGUAUGCCUCAAUAUCCUAAGAGAGGACUGGAAGCCUGUGCUCACCAUCAAUUCUAUUGUCUACGGUCUUCAAUAUUUGUUCUUAGAACCAAAUCCUGAGGAUCCACUAAAUAAAGAUGCAGCUGAGGUUUUACAGAACAACAGAAGGGUAUUCGAACAGAAUGUAGUGAAAGCUAUGAGAGGUGGUUAUGUAGGUUCAUAUUAUUUUGAACGGUGUCUUAAGUGAUACAGUGCCUCGCCGUCAAUACUGUACAUGCUUUUCCAAGGACUCACUGUAGGUGAAGAGAUCCUAAAGUACAGAAUGGAUGCAGGAUCAUACGGUGUUUUCAUUGUUACCUGUGUAACAUUAACACUUUUACUUUCUUUAUGUCCCGCCAGGCCUAUGCACACUUAAUCCAAUUGAGUUUUCAUGGAUAUUGAAACAACAGUCAUUUGGUUGCAAAAAUUUUCUCUGAAUAUUUGUUCAGGCUGUGGCAUUAUUUUUUUUUUAGUGAAAGUGCAGUGUUGAAGGAGUUGUAGAAUUAUAGUUUGACGUUUCACAAAAGAUCAUAGAUGUUACAAUGUGGUCAGAGAAUGUUUUCAAAUGUGGUUUUUUACUGUAACGCACUCAAAAUAUUUCCAGGAAUUUUGCAAAUUUUUGGAUUCUGAAUUUUGAAAUCCAUUUUGUUCCUUUUUUUUUAUAUAUAUAUAUGUACUUUAUGAAGUAUUUAUUUUCUAAAGUGUGUAACUAUCUAUUCGUCGGCAUUGUAACCUUUCACCCCGCAGCGUCUAUCAAUCAUUUGAAUCUUUAUUUAAGUACAUGUACAAGUAAAAAAAAACGUAACUUAUGUAUUGACUGAGAGUGGAAUAUAAGGCUGUUAUAAAACUGAGAAAAAUAAACAUAAAUAAAAAACAAAAAUAACUAGGAAAUACUUCGUGGCUUUCAAAUACACGAUUGCUUUGAAGAAAAGUCAGUAAGAGCCAUUGUCUUACUAGUUUUUCUUGAAAUCAGUCAUUUUGUUUAAAUUCUUCUUUCAACAAAAAAAAAGGAUAUAUACAUUUUACAUCCUGACAAAAUAUGAUCUCCUUCUCGUCUAUGUGCGCAACAAAAAAAAAACAAAAGUUCAGUCAUUUUGUUUAAAUUCCUUACAAAGAGAAAGAAUUACACAUUUUUACAUCCCGACAAUAUGAUCUUCUCGUCUAUGUACACAAAAAGCAAAAAAAAAAACGAUUGAUGUUUUUGUGAAACGCAUUUGAAUUUAUUUCAUACUAAGAGAAGUGAGUACGUAGCUUGCUUUAUUGUAUGUACAAAUGAAAUCUUACAGCGGCUACUAACAAUCGUGAGAUUACAAUACAAUCGUGAAAUUUGUUUAUGCUACAAAAUUUAAUUCGUUAUGUUUUAUAAUUAUUAGAGAAAUGUUGAAAAAUUUGUAAAAUGUCUCUCGCUUGUACAGUACUAUUCGAAGUAAUUGAUCGUAUCUCGAUGAAAGAAAAGAUGAUGAGAGAAAGAUAGAGAGAGAGAGAGAGAGAGAGAGAGAAAGAGAGAGAUAAAGAGAAAAAGUUCAAAGAAAUUGAUAUAUGCAACACGAAAUAUGUCGAAAUGUGUGCCACCGAUUCUUUUUUUCUUUACUUUUAUAUUGAUGUGUAAAUCAAGAUGAUCCAAUAGUAGUAUACAUGUAUAAAUGUACUACGUCCCUCUGACGAUUCUAUGUGCAUUUUGGAAUUUACAAUAAUUGAAAAAAAAUAUAUAUAUAAAGAGAGAUAAUAUAUAAACUUCGAAAUAAAUCAUUUUUAUACAAACGUUUGAUGAAAUUAAUUUUUAUAUGUAUAUCUUAGAGAUCGAAAUAUUUCCCGAUAAAAAUUAAGUUCUUUUAACAAGUUUAUAUAGUUUGUUCGAGAUAAAAUAUUAUUUCAACGACAACACGAUUGUAAAUUCCAAACUGCCGCGAUCAUAUAAAUUUUUCUGUUGUGUUUCACUAAACUACUUUGAUUAAACAGACGUGUGGGAGAAGACUAAAAUGUUAUACCAAUUCACAAACGCGUGUUACAUAAAAACUCCAAAAAAAAAAAAAAAAAAAAAAAAAAAAAA